AGCGCGACAAACAGCCACGAGAAGAAGUUUAUCUGCUUAUUUCUAUUUCACGGAGAAGCGAGUGUGCAGAGGGAGGGGGAAGCAGGGCUAUGACACGCGAGUAGAUAGAGUUUGUGAGUGUUAACGCAGGCGGAUCCUUGUUUUAUUCCCCCGCAAGAUGAGUAAAGACUUGAAGAGCCUGCGACAGCUCGCCGUGCCGCUGCUGCUCUUCGCGCUGUGCGUCGCGGUGCAGCGAUCCGACUCUGCGGCUUGCAAUGGAUGUGUGGGAUCCAAAUGUGACUGCAGCGGAGUAAAAGGAGCAAAGGGGGAACGAGGUUUCCCAGGUCUCACCGGACAGCCAGGAGUCCCAGGAUUCCCUGGACCUGAGGGCCCAAUCGGAAUCAGAGGAGAGAAGGGUAGCGAUGGACCUCAAGGACCAUAUGGUCCAAAAGGAAUAAGAGGGCCAGCUGGAUUGCCAGGAUUUCCAGGAACGCCAGGACUUCCAGGUCUGCCCGGGCAGGACGGACCUCCAGGCCCGAGAGGAGUGCCGGGCUGCAACGGGACAAAGGGUGAGCGGGGUUAUCCAGGAAGUGGAGGCAUCCCCGGACAGCAAGGACGGCCGGGUCCACCUGGUCUGCCAGGACAAAAGGGUGACCCCGGUGAUGUCAUCUCUAGCAACCGCUUUGGAGAGAAAGGAUCAUUUGGAUUACCAGGACUGCCAGGAAAUCCUGGAGCCCCCGGACCUCCUGGUUCACAGGGUCCCCUCGGCCCUCCAGGACCCAGAGGUUAUGAGGGUCGUCCAGGUCCUCCAGGUCAACCUGGACCAAAGGGAAACAUGGGAUUGAACUUCCAAGGACCCAAAGGAGAGAAGGGAGAUCCAGGUCUGCCAGGACCUCCUGGUCCUCCAGGGCAGGUGGGAGAACAGAAGAGACCGCCUGAGACAGAGAUCCAGAGAGGAGACAAGGGUGAUCCAGGCCUUCCAGGUCCCCCAGGUGAUCAAGGCUACCCAGGACCCCCUGGUCCCUCAGGUGGUCCGAAAGGAGACAAGGGAGAACAAGGAGAAGCAGGCAAACGGGGCAAACCAGGCAAAGAUGGAGACCCCGGUAUUUCAGGCUUCCCCGGAAUCAAAGGAGAGUCAGGCCUGCCAGGUCCUCCAGGCAGGGACGGAGACAGAGGUCAAAAAGGUGAAAUCGGGUACCCAGGCCCACCAGGAGUGGUGAUCGGUGGGGGGGUGUCUGGAGUUCGGGCCGGCCCAAAAGGUGAGCCCGGAUUCCCCGGAGGACCUGGAAACAAAGGAGAUAGAGGACCUUCAGGUUUACCAGGACCUCCAGGAUCACCAGGACUUCCAGCUCUUGGUGGUGGCGGUCAGCCCGGACCUCCAGGCUUCCCAGGAGAGAGAGGUCUAAAGGGAGACAGUGGCUCUCCAGGGUUGUCUUUGCCAGGUCCCCCAGGACGUUCAGGGUCCCCCGGUACCCAGGGUCAACCUGGACCCCCGGGACCUCCCGGUUUUUCCACAGCAGGACAAAACUGCGUCCCCGGAUCACCCGGGCGCGCCGGCGUGCAGGGAGAGAGAGGUUACCCAGGGGAGUCGGGCCAGAAAGGUGAGAAGGGCGACACCUGUGUGAACUGCUUCGGCGGUACCUCUGGCAUCCCAGGACCCCCAGGACCUGUAGGACCACCCGGAUUCCCCGGAUCUCCCGGAGCCACAGGUAUCAAAGGAGACAGAGGGUACCCCGGAUCAACUGGAUCUCCUGGACCCGCUGGUUCGCCCGGUCCUCAGGGUGCUCCAGGCUACCCCGGAGAGAAGGGCGACCCCGGCGAUGCCAUCACGGUCAGUGGCGUGCGCGGAGAGAAGGGCGACACCGGCUUCCCCGGAUCCCCUGGUCUGCCCGGUCUUGACGGUCGACCUGGUCGCGACGGACAGCCUGGCGCUCCCGGACCCAAAGGAACCUCUGGCUCGCUGCUGGUGAAAGGAGAACGAGGGCUCCCCGGAGAUUCAGGUUCCCCAGGUCUUCCCGGAGACAGGGGUCCUCCAGGAGGGCCUGGCUUCGGCCCUCAGGGGUCUAAAGGAGAGAAAGGUAUCCAGGGCGUCUCAGGAAGACCUGGAGGUCCUGGUGCACCAGGUACUAAAGGUGAACCAGGUCUGACAGUGGCUGAGAAGGGAUUACCAGGACCCAGAGGACUGGAUGGAGAGCCCGGACUUCCCGGAGCACCAGGAAAUCCAGGUCAGCCUGGACAGAAUGGCUUCCCCGGAUCACCAGGAGCAAAGGGAGACCCUGGACUCCCCGGCAUUGGACUCCCAGGACCCCCAGGAGCUAAAGGAUUCCCCGGUAUCUCCGGCCAGCCAGGAACUCCUGGAGGACCGGGUAGACCAGGAGUAGACGGACUCCCCGGCCAGCCUGGAUUCCCUGGACCAAAGGGUGAGCCUGGCUUUGGCCUCCCUGGCCCUCCAGGUUUACCAGGAGUACCUGGAGCUAAAGGUUUCUACGGACCAAAGGGAGAUCCCGGUUUUCCUGGCGGCCCAGGUACACCUGGACGAUCUGGAUUUGAUGGCGCUCCGGGAACUAAAGGUGAGCCCGGUAUACCUGGCAGACCUGGAGCUCCUGGCCUCCCUGGAAACCAAGUCAGCGGCUCACUGGGGCCACCAGGCCCUCCUGGACCCCCCGGACCGAUGGGACCACCAGGAUUCCCUGGAUCAAAUGGUGGGAAGGGAGACCCCGGCACUCCGGGUCUAGACAUCCCAGGUUUGCCAGGAGACAGAGGAUCUCCCGGUUUCCCAGGUUCCCCAGGACCAGUGGGAACUCCAGGACCUCCUGGAGGGCCUGGUCGGGAUGGCCUGCCUGGACUGCCAGGUUCCAAAGGAGACAUGGGUCCCAUGGGAUCUCCAGGACCUUCAGGAGGACCAGGCGGACCAGGAGGGCCCGGCGGUCCUGGACAGAAAGGUGAAUCUGGAUUCCCAGGCAGAGACGGAUCACCUGGCGGUCCCGGUGGUAAAGGAGAGAGAGGCGACCCCGGCCUCCAGGGACCCCCAGGAUCCAGCCCGCCAUCAUCAACCAUAAAGGGAGCCAAAGGAGACCCUGGAUUACCAGGUGGACCAGGUAUUCCAGGUCAGAAAGGAAUCUCUGGUCUUCCUGGUGACCCCGGGCUGCCAGGAGGAGAUGGACGCCCUGGACUCCCUGGACCACCAGGUCCCAAGGGAGACCCUGGCAUCCCAGGAGGCUCAGGUGGUCCAGGAGGUCCAGGAGCCAAAGGCGGUAUGGGAGAAAUGGGAUUUCCAGGUCCAUCAGGGCAGAAGGGUCUACCAGGUUCUGCAGGUAGGCCUGGAACCCCAGGACAGCCAGGUGGACCUGGUUUCCCUGGAGCCAAAGGUGAACCAGGCUCUGCUGGAGUUGGACCACCAGGACUAUCCGGACAAAAGGGUGAACCCGGUCAGCCAGGGUUCCCAGGAAGUUCAGGACUUAAAGGAACUCCAGGAUCACCCGGUCUUCCAGGUUUACCAGGAGGGCCAGGUGCCAAAGGUGACCCCGGACUCCCAGGAUUCCAAGGGUCUCCUGGUAUCCCCGGUCCUAAGGGUCUUGACGGUGGGCCCGGUGCCCCAGGUCUCACUGGAGCUCCCGGUAGACCAGGAGAGUCUGGCCGACCAGGAGGGCCAGGGCUGUCAGGAGAGAAGGGUCAGGCAGGUCGGGACGGGAUCCCAGGACCGGCUGGAAUCAAAGGAGACCCAGGGCUUCCUGGGUACGGUGGACCCGGUGCUCCUGGAAUUCCAGGGCUUCCAGGUUCAAAGGGAGACCCAGGUCUUCCCGGCCCAUCCGGCAGUCCCGGUUUCCCCGGUACUAAAGGAGAGGCUGGUUUCCCCGGUUCCCCUGGUGCUCCAGGAAACAGUGGCCCUCCUGGACCUGUAGGACAGGCUCUGCAGGGGCCCAAAGGAAUCCAAGGACCCCCCGGACAACCAGGAAGAGGAGGUUCACCCGGUCCAGAGGGUGCCCGAGGUCCCCCAGGAAGUGGUGGCAUUAAGGGAGAGAAGGGUAAUCCCGGCGCUCCCGGACAGCCGGGCUUUGGCGGACAGAAGGGAGAGAGCGGCACACCCGGAUUCCCAGGUCCCUCCGGUCUCCCCGGUGGUUCUGGACAGAAGGGAGAUAACGGUCUUCCUGGCGUUCCUGGAUUCCCUGGACCAAAAGGAGACCCAGGACUCCCCGGUGGUAACGGCCUUCCUGGAGAUCCCGGAGAUAUUGGAAGCCCUGGCCUGCCCGGUGACCCCGUUGUACCACCGGCUCCCAUCGUGGUGAAGGGAGAGCGAGGACCCCCCGGUCCUCAGGGCCUGCCCGGCGGACGGGGACCGCCUGGUCCUCCUGGACGUGAGGGACUUUCAGGUGGACCUGGUGGCCCCGGGGACGCCGGUCCCGAGGGUCCUCCUGGCUUCAGCGGCCAACCUGGCAGGAAGGGAGACAACGGACCCGCCGGUCAGCCUGGUCAGCGUGGAUACCCCGGUCCCCCCGGUUCAGACGGUCCACAGGGUCUCCCCGGUCCCCCAGGAUCCGUCUCUGCAGCCCACGGCUUCCUCAUCACCCGACACAGCCAGGGACAGGAUGUUCCCUUCUGCCCCGAUAACACCAACCUGAUCUACGACGGCUACUCCCUGCUGUACGUGCAGGGCAACGAGCGGGCGCACGGCCAGGACCUCGGCACAGCCGGCAGCUGUCUGCGCCGCUUCAGCACCAUGCCCUUCAUGUUCUGCAACAUCAACAACGUCUGCAACUUCGCCUCCCGCAACGACUACUCCUACUGGCUGUCCACGCCCGAGCCCAUGCCCAUGUCCAUGGCCCCCAUCACCGGAGAGGGCAUCAAGCCCUACAUCAGCAGGUGUGCAGUGUGUGAAGCUCCAGCCAUGGUGAUCGCUGUCCACAGUCAGACCAUCCAGAUUCCUAAUUGUCCUGCAAAUUGGGAUGCUCUGUGGAUAGGAUACUCCUUCAUGAUGCACACCAGUGCGGGUGCGGAGGGCUCCGGUCAGGCCCUGGCCUCCCCCGGCUCCUGUCUGGAGGAGUUCCGCAGCGCUCCCUUCAUCGAGUGCCACGGCAGAGGGACGUGCAACUACUACGGCAACUCCUACAGCUUCUGGCUGGCCACUGUAGAACCCUCUGAGAUGUUCAGGAAGCCCCAUUCGGAGACUCUCAAGGCGGGUAACCUCCGGACACGCGUCAGCCGCUGCGUGGUCUGCAUGAAGAGGACGUAACGCCACACGGCCACGAGCAAACCCACCGCUGCUGGGGACGCACGAUCAGUAACAAGACGAUUGGAUGACGGGGGACAAGUGGGGCGGGCAG